AUGUGGGAGGCGAAGCUGGAGCCGAACGUCAUCAGCUACAGCGCUGGGAUCAGCGCGUGCGAGAAGGGCGGGCAGUGGCAGGCGGCGCUGACACUGCUGAGCGAGAUGCGGCGGGCGCUUGCACUGCUGAGCGAAAUGUGGGAGGCGAAGCUCGAGCCCGACGUCAUCAGCUACAGCGCUGGGAUCAGUGCGUGUAAGAAGAGCGAGCGUUGGCAGCGGGCGCUUACGCUGCUGAGUCAGAUGUGGGAGGCGAAGCUGGAGCCCAACGCAUCAGCUACAGCGCUGGGAUCAGCGCGUGCGACAAGGGCGGGCAGUGGGAGCUGGCGUUGGCACUGCUGA